AUGGAUUUGGAAACAGCACGUGCCAAUUAUCCAAACAGACUAGAGAGGUUAGAAGAAGAACGUCUUAUGGACAUGCCUUUCGAUGUUAGUGAACCUCAAGUUGAAGGACACGACGGCUUUGCCAGAUUCUACUGGAAACAUGACGAACAAUUGCAUCCUUUGAGAAGGAAAAAAGGAAAAGGUGAAGACGCACAUGCUCCCAUGGAAAGAACAAGAUAUGCAUAUGAAAAGUAUCGUGAAGUUAGAAGUCAAAUUACAUCUGGUCGAACCUUUACAGUAAACUUUGACGAAGGAAAGAACAAAGAAGGCUUCAUGGGAGUACUUGCUGCCAUACAAGACGGAAAUAAGAAAGGAUACAAUCUCAGAUUGACCAUAACAGAUUUGGACGGUCAUAUAUACUAUGCGCAUGGCAAUGUCACAACAGCUGCAAUGCUUCUUGACGCUUUCAAGACUACAAAGAGAGAACAAAUGGUUGACUCCGACUCAGACAUUUUGAAUGCAAUUGAAGGAAUUGCAAGUGUAAAAUUUGAAUGGUACCAACCGAACCCUCAAGCAGUCAGACAACAUGCUGGAUACUUCCCGUUCAUAAAUAAGUCUGACAUUGACUUGACAAGGUAUGGAAUUUACAAUUCCAUUGAAACAAUUGUCAACGAACCUUGCAUUCUUACAUGUCUCAGGAACUCUGGUCUUGUUACAGAUGAGAAGAUGAAGUAUCUUGAGUCAUGUGUGAAGACAAGGUACAUUCUCAGAGGUCAAUUGGCAAAAAUUGCACCGUUGGCAAAUGUCAAUAUCCGAGUCAACAUACCGACUGAGAAAGGUUCUUCACAUGACGACUAUGUUGUUGACAAAGACUUACCAUGGUUGAAGAUUGUAAUUGUCCACAACCACUUCAUGUUGAACGAAAGUCUUAUGUUCGGAAAAGGCAAGUGCAACAUUGUCAGAGCUGUUAACAUUCUUUUCGAGAAAGGUUUGUUGGAACCGAUUCCAGAUGACAAGCUGACAGAAAGUUUUGUACCAAAAGACGAAACAAACUUUUCACUGUUAGCAAGACCAAAAGUUGUUCCAGACAAAGUUCUAGUACAAAAGAAGUACACAAUUCCAAAAGGAGUUGGAUUGUUCGGAUACCAACCUGA